AGUGGGCGGACACCCGGAGUGGUAAAGGGUGACACAAGCGGAAACUGGGGUCGAAUCGGCCCGGGGGGAGUGGAGAAGGCCCAGGCCCGUCCUGAGAGCGAGAGAGAGAGAAGUCCCGCAGCGACCUGAGGUCGGGGCCCAGCCUGAGCCCCGCUCCGGCUGCCGCUGCCAUGGUUCUCCUGACGAUGAUCGCCCGGGUGGCGGAUGGCCUCCCUCUGGCCGCCUCCAUGCAGGAGGAUGAGCAGUCUGGACGUGACCUGCAGCAUUACCAAAGCCAGGCCAAACAAUUGUUCCGCAAGCUGAAUGAGCAGUCUCCCACACGCUGCACACUGCAAGCUGGAUCCAUGACCUUUCACUACGUCAUAGAAAAAGGUGUUUGCUAUCUGGUCUUAUGUGAGGCAGCAUACCCAAAGAAGUUGGCUUUUGCGUAUCUGGAGGACUUGCAGGCAGAGUUUGAUGAGCAACAUGGGAAGAGAGUACCAACAGUCUCUCGUCCUUACUCUUUCAUUGAAUUUGACACAUACAUCCAAAAAACAAAGAAAUCUUACAUCGACAGUCGAGCACGCAGGAACCUGGGUUCUAUAAACACUGAACUUCAGGAUGUGCAGCGAAUAAUGGUGGCAAAUAUCGAGGAGGUCUUACAGCGAGGAGAGGCACUGUCAGCUUUGGACAGCAAGGCCAGUAGCCUCUCCAACCUGUCGAAGAAGUACCGACAAGAUGCCAAGUAUUUGAAUAUGCGUUCAACCUACGCCAAGCUAGCAGCUGUUGCAGUCUUCUCAAUCAUGUUAAUCGUGUAUGUACGCUUCUGGUGGCUCUGAGAUUGACUGUCAUGCUGACGAGCGUUGAUUUGCUCUUGCUAUGUGUCAGUCCCCCUGCAAUGGCGUGCUCGAACUAUGAGCACUCAUUACCUUUCCAAAGCCAUUAGUUUUUUUGCUCAGUCAGUCACGUUGAAAGCUCCCUUUUAUUUUUGUUGUAAUUUUGUAUGGGUGUGAUGGGUUGCCAAAGUUGGCUCUGUCAGAUUCCAUUUCAUUCUGACUUGUCGAAAUGAAGAAUUCUUUCUUUCAUCCCAAUGCAUUCUGAUAUUACAAACUAUAGCUAAAACAAAUAGAAUCAUUAUAAAGAGCUAAAGUGGUGAAAAAUACUCUUAUUAUUAAAUGCUCUGUAGAAAGAAUGAAUGGAAUGUCUGUGAUCUCUCUUCCUGUCUCUAUCCAUGACUCUUUACACACACAUCCUGGGAAAACUGCUGAGGAGGACCAGAUUACUGCCUGAAAAAUAUGAUUUGUGCUGUGACUGUGUAGAUAUCAACAGUGCUCUUAUAGUCAUUGAAUAAAAUCACUUACGUUAAGAA